AUGCCCUCCAUAGCCCAACAUCCCGACACCCCCGUACCCACGCCGCGCAUCACAAAGUUCACAAACUGCCGCCUCCCGCUCAACGGCCAUCUCGUCGAGCAGGAUCUCUGGGUCGACUCCGCAACUGGCAAGAUCCUCCAGGACCAGCAGGCCUUCUACGAGUUCCAGCUCUGUCCCGACCAGACCGUCGAUCUGGGCGGGCGCAUCCUGGCCCCGGGCUUCAUCGAUGUGCAGCUCAACGGCGCGAGGGGGUUCGAUUUCUCCGUGCCACAGCCGACGAAGGAGGAGUAUGAUGCCGGGUUUCGCAAGGUGAAUCUAGCGCUGGUGAGGACGGGGGUUACGUCGUAUCUGCCGACGGUGACGAGUCAGGAGAGCUGGGUGUAUAAGAAGGUCCUGCCAUCGCUAGGCCCCUCCGGUGGACCCCGCCGCGCAGAGGACGGAGCGGAAUCUCUCGGCGCGCACGUCGAAGGGCCCUUCCUCAGCCCUGGCAAAAACGGCAUCCACAGCCCCAGCGUCCUCCUCGCCGCCAACACCGGCUUCCAGGACCUAAUAGACUGCUACGGCGCCGAAAACCUCCUCGCCUCGCAAGACGUUCCCUCCUCCGCCCCGAUCACCCCCACCACCACAUCCACGUCCGCCUCCUCCUCCGCCUCCUCCGCCUCCACCACCCGCAGCAACCCCACCGCAAACAUAAAAAUGAUCACCGCCGCCCCCGAAGUCGGCAUCAUGAACACCCUCAUCCCCACCCUCGUCUCCCACAACAUCAUCUACUCCAUCGGGCACUCUGACGCCACCUAUGAGCAGGCCCUCGACGCCCUCGCCGCCGGCGCGACCAUGAUCACGCACCUCUUCAACGCCAUGCGGCCCUUCUACCACCGGCACCCGGGCAUCUUCGGCCUGCUGGCGCAGCAGUCGCAGCAGGCCACGCGGCCCUUCUACGGCCUGAUCGCCGACGGCAUCCACCUGCACCCGACCAGCGUGCAGAUCGCGUACCACGCGCACCCGGCCGGCAUGGUGCUGGUGACCGACGCGAUGAAGCUGUGCGGCAUGCCCGACGGCGUGUACGAGUGGACGAACGGCGAGCGCAUCAUCAAGCGCGGCGCGCUGCUGACGCUGGAGGGCUCGGCGGAGGGCAAGAUCGCCGGCUCCUCCGCCACGCUGAUCGAGUGCGUGAAUAAUUUCCGGCGGUGGGCGGGGACCGGGGUGGUGGAGGCCGUCAGGGCGGUGACGGAGACGCCGGCGCGGAUGCUGGGGUUGGAGGGCGUGAAGGGCGUGUUGGUGCCGGGGGCGGAUGCGGAUCUGGUGGUCCUGGGCGAGGAUGCGGAGGGGACGUUGACGGUGGAUCAGGUCUGGAAGUUUGGCGUGCGGGUUUUUGAUUGCGUGAAGGAUGCGCAGUGGGAGGCGUGAAGGGUGGUUUGUUGAUUUGCACCCUCCCUCCCCCGUCUCCCCCUUCCCCCCAUGUUUUAUUUUAUCUCAUUUCACCGCCGCGUUGGAAAAAACAUUGAGACUCUACCCGCGGGCGCGGAAAGAGACGUUCUGUUCUUAUGUAUCGGAUGUUUCGGGAAACCCCCUUUUUUCUCUUUUCAAAGUUUUUCAAUUUUCUUUUUGUCACAUAUAACUACAUUGCCACGAUUAGUCGACCUUACAGAUUGAAUAACGUACGAUACGUAGCUAGCUAUAUCUAGUUUGAUAGAGAUUUUUUUUUAGAGAUAG